UGAAAAGGAUAAUAGAAAUGUUGAAGGCGUGUUGUUGUGGUGAGUGUGCGUGGCCCUGUGGCAGAAGGACGGUCGCCAUCUCUGGGUAAACACUGUAACCGUAUCACGCAGUUGAUAUUGUAGUGUGUGGAUUGAAAGCCGGAGCGUACAGUAGCAGCAGCAGCAGAAGGCGGGGGCUAUGCUGCCUGCAACAGCCACAGCCACAGCGGACACACACACGCACGGCUCCGAUGCAGGACUGACGCUUUGUUUGUCUCCUGCUCAUCACACACGGACUGUCAUCUCCAAUGUUGGACGCACUGUGGCCGCUUCUUCUGCGCUGACAUUUCCUCUUGUUUGUAAGCUCCGGGGAAUGGGACUGCAUGCUUCGAAAUAAAAUGGGAUUUUAAUGCUGCAAACAGCGGACUCUCUAGCCUGUGCACAGCCAGGGGACUGUACGCUUGGUAAUGUUUGCCAAGGAAUAAAACGGUGUAGCCGAAGGUGCAUAACAUCUCGUUUCCAUGGACAACACGUCCAUAAUAACACAGGUUGCAAAUCCCAAAGAGGAGGAGAGCAUUUCUUCAAGUCAAGAUAAAGUCUCCCAGUCCAACAGCAGCCUAAAGAAGCACCGGAGCCGGAGUAUUUUCAGCCCCUUCUUCUGCUGCUUCCGCAACUACAAUGACUACCACGUGGAGCCACCACCCGCCAACAACAAGACACUUUCUCUGCCCCCGCCGCCAGAGGAGAAUGGCAGUCCUCCCAAGUGUGACCAGGUCCAGGUCAUCCCCAUCCCCAGUCCUCCAGCCAAGUUCCUCUUGCCAGAGGUCAGUAUAACAGACUACGGCAAGAACUGUGUGGUGAUCGACCUCGAUGAGACCCUUGUACACAGCUCCUUCAAGCCUAUCAGCAAUGCAGACUUCAUCGUUCCAGUGGAGAUUGAUGGGACUGUUCAUCAGGUGUACGUGCUGAAGAGGCCCCACGUGGACGAGUUCCUCCAGAAGAUGGGGGAGCUCUUUGAAUGUGUUCUCUUCACAGCAAGCUUAGCCAAGUACGCUGACCCUGUGGCAGACCUGCUGGACCAGUGGGGGGUGUUUCGUGCCCGGCUCUUCAGGGAAUCCUGUGUUUUCCACAGAGGAAACUACGUCAAAGACCUCAGCCGGCUGGGCCGAGAGCUCAGUAAAGUCAUCAUCAUAGACAACUCACCUGCCUCCUACAUCUUCCACCCUGAGAACGCAGUCCCGGUGCAGUCGUGGUUUGAUGACAUGACGGACACAGAGCUGCUGGAUCUGAUUCCUCUGUUCGAGGGUCUGAGUAAGGAGGAGGACGUUUACAGCCUGUUACAGAACCUGAGGAGCAGGUAGCAGAUCCAGACGGUCUUUCCUGACUCGGUCUCGGCUGAACAGAGGCCUCACCUCGCUGCCACGGCCCCUGCAGCCCAACUCCUGUCCUCUGAACCACUGUGGGGGCCCCAGACUGGCCCCCCAUCGGAGGAUUUCAGGCAUAUGAUUCAGUCAAAUCUAAGGAAAGCGUCUGUAUUGAUUCUUACCUUCUCUGGACUCUUGGACUCAACGUUUGUACAGGACUCCUGCUGAAAAUAAGAUUAUAUUACUGUAUGUAUAUAGUAUAUGUUUCUAAGAGCAAGACGUACAUAAGUAAUUUUUCUAUCAGAGAGAGGAGGUUUUACUAUUCUAUCAAGUAAUAUUUUAGUUACCAAAAAUAAUCCAACACACAGAACAAUUUUUUUUUUCUUUUUCAAGAAUGGGUGACCUUUUGGUUUUUUGUGUUGAGCUGUGCUAUGCAGGCUGUUGUUUCUCGUCUGACCUUUCGUUCAAACAACUGUGAUUUAUCUUAUCUUACAGAAUGAAGUGCCUUCAUUACUGUGCUGAUGUUGUUGUGUCGGGAAUGGGGUGCACAUUUUUAUGCUGCAUAUUUACUCCAAAAGCGUAUUCACUAAAACGUUCGAUUCAAAUGGAAACGUUGGAGUCUUUUGGUAAUUGUCAUUUAAUCGGAGAAGACAGAGGUCCUGUGUCCUGUUAGGCUGUAGCGCAGAUUCUUUUUUAAGAUUAGUAACAUUGAAUUGUUAAACUUACCAAAGAAUUUUACAAUUCAAUGUGAUUUGUGGCUGAACGUCAUUUGAUCUUUAACAGUGACUGUAAAUCGAUGAUCUUUCAAGACUUAAAAAAAACCUCCACAUUAUUAUUGAAAAAAAUGAGAACUUUGUGAUGAUAUCACCGUCCAAUAAAUGUUAAACUUCUGAGAAAAAAUAUAAAGAUUAGUUUAGAUUAUAUGAAAUUCUAUUUAUUGGGGUAAAGGGUGUUGGGUGCAUUGUAAAGAAUGCUGUUGAAAUUGUACUGUACAACAUGAUUAAAGUUGCAAGUUUGCACACUGUCA